CUCAUUCUCACAUCAUGGUCACACUCCAGACCUGCUCCAGAUUCGGGCCGUCCACAAAGUUCUAUAUAAAAUUCAAGAGGACAUGAUCUCAAGACUAUCAUACCUUCAUCACUCUCAUGGCGCUCAGUCCGAUUAAGACCUGUGUCCUCGGCGUGGGUCUUGCUGGGCUCACGUUUCAUGUUCCAUUCGUACUCGCUUUGCCCGAACUCUUCACUCUUACCGCUGUCCUGGAGCGCAACCCACAGAAUCCCGGAGGAAAGGUGCAGCAGCGCUUUGGAGUUACGACAAAAAUUCACAGGACAGUCGAAGAGGUCGUGAACGACCCUGAAAUCGAGCUUGUUAUUGUAGGAACCCCAAAUGACACGCAUUACCCAUUUGCCAAAGCUGCUCUUGAGGCCGGCAAACAUGUUCUCGUUGAUAAACCUGUGACUGAGACGGUGAAAGAAGCAAAUGAGCUUGCAGCCAUUGCCAAAGCAAAAGGCCUUGUUCUCUAUGGCUACCAAAAUCGACGCUGGGACUCGGAUCACCUCGCGCUGAAGCGCCUGCUUUCACUUCCUUCAUCUUCGCCUCUCUCCCUUGGUAACCUACUGGAAUUUGAGUCUCACUAUGAUCGUUACCGUGCAGGGAUACGGUCUUCCUGGAAGGAUAGUGCGGGCGCAGUAUAUGAUCUCGGUUCACAUCUCCUAGACCAAGCUCUCAAACUCUUUGGCCGACCCGCGCAAAUCACUGCGUUCAUUCAAAAUAUCCGUGGUGUCACGAAACCGGAAGUUGAUGACAUCUUCACUAUCUAUCUACACUACAAUCCUGGGACUCUUUUCCCAAACCAGUUCACCGUGCUUCUCCGCUCGCACAUCCUAUCAGUGAAAUCCCCUCAGCUACGCUACGCAGUACGCGGCACAAAGGGAAUGUUCACCAAAUAUGGCCUCGAUACGCAAGAGGAACAGUUGAAAGCGAUGUCCUCUGUUAGCAGUAUCCUUGAACCAAGUUAUGGACUGGAGCCUGAGUCCAUCUACGGCAUCGUCGAAAAUAUCGCCGACGAUGGCCAUGCCCCGGGUCAGUAUAUUGGCCUCUUCAAGAACCUUGCUGGUGCUAUCCGUAAUAACGAGGAACUUGAGGUGAAGUGGGCAGAAACGACACAGGUGAUCGAGAUGAUCGAAUUGGCCUAUAAAAGCUCCGCUGCAGGCCGCACUUUGGAGGUAUCAAAGGUUUAGUUGAUAUCAACAUGCACCUCAUUAUAUACUUGUAUCAUAGAAGUAGUGCGGUUAAAUUCCCUUCGGAGCUACAACAUACUCUUGACAACAAA